UGCUGUGCUCGGAACAUGGCGGGCGUCGGCGACGCGGCCAUCCCAAGAGAAGGCGGCGCGGACGGCGCCGAGCGGGAUGGCCGCGCUGAGGCGGAGCAGCUGGGCGGCGGCGGCGGUCACGGGCCCCCGCCGGCGCCUCAGCACACGGAGACGCUGGGCUUCUACGAGAGCGACCGGCGGCGGGAGCGGCGCCGCAGCCGCGCAGAGCUUUCACUGUUGAGGUUCCUCAGCGCUGAACUAACCAGAGGGUACUUCCUUGAACAUAAUGAGGCCAAGUAUACAGAAAGAAGAGAAAGAGUGUACACUUGUAUGCGAAUACCAAGAGAAUUGGAAAAGCUCAUGGUGUUUGGAAUCUUUCUGUGCCUGGAUGCAUUUCUCUAUGUGUUCACCCUGCUUCCUGUCAGAGUCUUCCUGGCCCUAUUCAGGCUCUUCACCCUGCCUUGCUAUGGCCUAAGGGACCGACGUGUGCUUCAGCCCGCCCAGGUGUGUGAUAUCCUGAAGGGGGUCAUCUUGGUCAUCUGCUAUUUCAUGAUGCACUACGUGGACUAUUCCAUGAUGUAUCACCUGAUCCGGGGGCAGUCGGUCAUCAAGCUGUACAUCAUCUACAACAUGCUCGAGGUAGCAGAUCGUCUGUUUUCCUCAUUUGGACAAGAUAUAUUAGAUGCUCUCUACUGGACAGCAACGGAGCCCAAAGAAAGGAAGCGAGCCCACAUCGGGGUGAUUCCCCACUUUUUCAUGGCCGUCCUCUACGUCUUUUUGCAUGCCAUCCUUAUAAUGGUUCAAGCAACAACUCUGAACGUGGCUUUUAACUCACACAACAAGUCCCUGCUUACUAUCAUGAUGUCUAAUAAUUUUGUUGAAAUUAAAGGAAGUGUUUUCAAGAAGUUCGAAAAGAACAAUCUUUUUCAAAUGUCCAAUAGCGAUAUUAAGGAACGAUUCACAAAUUAUGUGCUUUUGCUAAUAGUAUGUCUGAGAAACAUGGAGCAGUUUUCUUGGAAUCCAGAUCAUCUCUGGGUGUUAUUUCCAGAUGUCUGUAUGGUGGUCGCAUCAGAAAUUGCUGUGGAUAUUGUAAAACAUGCUUUUAUCACAAAGUUCAAUGACAUCACAGCAGAUGUCUACAGUGAAUAUAGAGCCAGCCUUGCUUUUGACCUUGUUAGCAGUCGACAGAAAAAUGCAUAUACUGAUUAUAGUGACUCCGUGGCCCGGAGGAUGGGGUUUAUUCCUCUCCCACUAGCUGUUUUACUCAUCAGAGUGGUAACAAGUUCAAUUAAGGUGCAAGGAAUCCUGUCUUAUGCCUGUGUCAUCCUCUUCUAUUUGGGGUUGGUCUCCCUGAAAGUCUUGAACAGCAUCGUCCUGCUGGGGCAGUCCUGCCAGUACGUGAAGGAGGCCAAGAUGGAAGAGAAGCUGUUCAGCCCGCCCCCGGCCAGCGCUCCCGGCAAACCGCCCAGUAAACCACAGAACAAGUGCAGAGCCUCCCAAGAAGAAACCCUGUCUGCCUCAGUCACCAGCCAGCCCACUCAUCAGAAGGAAAAUGCGAUCCCGCUGCUCGUGACGAGCAGCUCUGAUCAGCUUCUGACCACCCCGGACGGCGACGAGAAGGACAUAACACAGGAGAACUCAGAACUGAAACACAGGUCCUCAAAGAAAGAUCUGUUAGAGAUAGACAGAUUCACAAUUUGUGGAAACCGAAUUGACUGAAUUCCGGAGCUCCGAGUGCCAAAGACGCAGUCUCGGGGCCCCAGAGGUAGUGCCCCCGAGAUGGACAGAUGCUGAAGACGGCACUUAAAUAUUUAUUUAAGAACUUAACUUAUUGAUGGAAAGCAAAUCUUAGUGUCCUUCUUCCAGUGGCGUGGUCUGGCUGAAGGUCAGGUCACACGGGGCAGCCAGCAGCGACCUCCAGCCUCGAGCCCUUGGACAGAUGGAUGGCUCAGGAAAGGUCCCUCCUGCUCGGGGAAGCCGCAGAGUCACCCUGGGCCCCGCGGGAGCGACCCCACCACCCCCUCCGCUCCGUCAGCCUGUGCUUCCAGAGGACGGGACUCCACCUCAAGUCGUCUUCGGCGUCGGGAUGCGCUGGAGACGGUGGAGCUCUUACAUGACGCUCCGCUUCCAGCCUCAUUCUGUUCCCACAGUUUUCAAACUUCAUCUGCCAAAGCAUUUAAAAAAAAAAAGAUAACAAUAAUUAAACUUAAGAUAAAUGUUCUUACCACCAGAAUACACUUCAAAGAUGUAUCUGAAUUAAUCAGAAUAAAAAGCUACCUUAAAUGAGACAUGAUGGAUAGUAGCAUUUUAUAGAGGGAAAGGAAAAAAAAAAAACCCUUAAGCCAGUUUAUUUAAAAAAUAUGAAUGAAUGAAGGUUUGCAUCACUGAGAAAAUGUUUCCUAGUUUUUCUGUUUUACUCUUCACAGCCAAACGUGAGCUGUGUAUUGUGUAAUUGCAGUGGAUAAAAUAGGAAUUCCGCGACAGAAAGGCACUUUUUAUUCUGAAAAAAGCAGAGCAGUGUUCAUUUUCAGGUGGAGUUAACUGGUUUCCCUUUCAAACUGAUUGCUUCCUAAGUUGUUACCAUUAAAAGGGUUUGGUAUUGAACAGGCUGAGGAACUGUCAGAGGACAAAACUGAAAGGUAUCAACUUCAACUGGGUUUUCCAAGUCGCAGUUUUAAAGUCAGUCUUGUCCACACAAGACUGGGGCAUCGUCUUGCUCGGGCUCCUAGAAAGAGCUGGUCUGCCUGUCUGCCCGUCUGCCUGUCUGUCUGUCUGUCUGUCUGUGCGCCCGCGCCUGGCCUGGGUCUGUGCUCUGGGGAGGUGGGCCCCCGGGUGCGUGUGCGCCAGGGCGGGCAGGCUGUCUGGGGAAAAGGAAAGGAGACGUCUGGGGCGUGCGGGUGGCCGUCCGGGUGUGGGCAGGGGCUUGUGUGGGGAGCAGCCAAAUGGUGCUUCUUGGUUUUGUUUGAGAUCAAGAUUCCAUUUCUGCUUAAUUACCCGUCCAUGGCCCACAUCACAGGACAGGUUCUUUUCCACCACAUUUUAUCUUGAGGAGCCUUUCUGCAUUUUUAUAAAAAAUUGUCCAGGGUCUAAUUUCAGAAUGUCCAGAUGUUGCCGUUAACUGUUAACUUCCUUUGAUGUUUUCAUUGAAGUUCAGCUCUUGUGCUGAUAUUUCCUGCAUGUGAUACGGCAGAAGGUAAAUUUUAGCUGAUUUGUCUUAUCUCCUGGGUGAAAUGUAAAGUAGGCUUUAAUGCUUUGACUCAUUCCUGUGAAAAAUAAAAGCGAAUUUUAAUGUGUUGCAUUAAAGCUAAAGGAAUCUGAAGAUGAUUGUUCACAUAAGGUUUAAAAAAAGAAAAUAAUACAGAAAUGCUUUUGGGAAACCAGAAAGUACUCUAAGUUAAAAACAAAAGACUUGAAGUUGCUUUGUGUAUGUUUCAGUGAAGGCCCAUGUUAGAAUUAUUAUUGUUAUUAUUAUUGUUUUUCCACCUUCUCUUCACCACCAUAAGGAACAGUUCCACUAGGAAUGGGCAUAGCUUGGGGAAAACUGCCAAACAAAGCCCUGAUCAGAGCAAAAAUAUGAUUUGGGUAUAUCUUUCAGUUCAGCUUGAAUGACUCUGUAACUAUGCUGUCAUUUUUGGAAGUUUUUUUUUUGCAGAAUAUAUUGGGAGUUUGGACUGAUGUUCAUUUCUUCUGUUAAAAUGGCAUUCAGUACUAAUUUUAUAAGUGCAUCUUGUGUGAAACUCAAUAAAUUCAAUUUUAUAAUCUUUUUUUAAAAA